GACGAUAUAUCGAAUUAUCAAGGCUCGGACGGGUCGGAUGAUAUUGAAAUAACCGGUAGUGCUGGCUUUAACACUGCCGUGGACUCGUUCCCUUUGUGACCCCUUGUAUCAAAAAGCAAAGUUCACUGCAACAAAAAUGAUGCAAGCUAAUUUGUGGAACUUAGUCACCACUUCUGUCAGACCAGCAUGCGUUAAGCGUGUUAUACCAGGCUUGACAGCUGCACAGCAACGUAGAUAUGCUAGUACGAUAGAUGCAGACCUUGUAGUGAUAGGUGGAGGUCCUGGUGGAUAUGUGGCAUCAAUUAAAGCUGCUCAGUUAGGAAUGAAGACUGUUUGUGUAGAGAAGGAUGAAACACUUGGUGGAACUUGUCUAAAUGUUGGAUGCAUUCCAUCGAAAUCUCUUUUAAAUAAUUCACAUUAUUAUCAUAUGGCACAUGGUGGAGAUUUGACAAAUCGUGGUAUUAUUGUGGAAAAUGUUAAACUUAAUCUUGAGAAGCUCAUGGAACAAAAGCGUAAUGUAGUAAAAGCUUUAACCGGUGGUAUUGCCGGUCUCUUUAAAAAAAACAAGGUUGAGUGGGUUAAGGGUCAUGGAAAGAUUACCGGUCAAAAUCAAGUGACUGCCCUUAAUACAGAUGGUUCAGUUGCAAGCACAAUUAAUACUAAAAACAUUAUAAUCGCAACAGGCAGUGAAGUCACUCCAUUCCCUGGUAUAGAAAUUGAUGAAAAACAAGUUGUGUCUUCCACUGGUGCUCUGUCGCUGAAUGAAGUGCCUAAGAGACUCAUUGUCAUUGGUGCUGGUGUUAUCGGACUGGAAUUAGGCUCUGUUUGGCAAAGGUUGGGUUCGCAAGUAACCGCUGUUGAAUUUUUACCGUCCAUUGGCGGAGCGGGUAUCGACGGCGAAGUCAGUCAGUCGCUGCAAAAGAUUUUAGCCAAGCAGGGCUUGAAUUUCAAGUUAGGCACCAAAGUUACUGCUGCCACGAGGAAGGGUAGCGAGAUCGUAGUUUCUGUGGAGGACGCAAAAGAUCCCAGCAAGAAGGAGGACGUCCCGUGCGAUGUCCUUUUAGUUUGUGUCGGCAGGAGGCCGUACACUCAGAAUUUAGGGCUCGAGGAUAUGGGAAUUGAGAGGGACGAGAAGGGCAGGAUCCCUGUAAAUAGCAGAUUCCAAACAGUUGUACCUUCCAUAUUCGCCAUUGGAGACUGUAUUCAUGGACCGAUGUUGGCGCAUAAAGCCGAAGACGAGGGUGUUAUCACGGUCGAAGGCAUCGCCGGAGGUGCCGUACAUAUCGAUUAUAAUUGCGUGCCCAGCGUAAUAUACACGCACCCAGAGGUUGGCUGGGUCGGAAAGUCGGAAGAAGACUUAAAGAAGGAAGGUAUCGCGUAUAAAGUUGGCAAAUUCCCACACUUGGCUAAUUCCAGGGCGAAGACGAAUCUGGAUACAGAGGGCUUCGUCAAAGUUUUAGCCGACAAUACUACAGAUAAGAUACUAGGGGUUCACAUGAUCGGUUCGGUAGCUGGUGAACUUAUCAACGAGGCUGUUCUCGCUAUGGAAUACGGAGCAAGCGCAGAAGAUGUUGCGAGAACGUGUCACGCGCACCCGACAUGCGCCGAAGCAUUGAAAGAAGCGCAUUUGGCUGCGUAUUUCGGAAAGCCCAUCAACUUCUAAAUAAUUUAUGAAAAACACGAUCACUGCUUCAUACUUCGACUCGCCGUAGCCUUUGAUCUAGUCUACGCUCCGUCACGUCGCGCUACACGGCUAGCGCAUAGGUAUCACUAUCGUUUAAACGUAUAAGGAAAAAAUGUAAAUAAAACUGUAAAAGAGUUUAUGAAAAUAUCGUCCCUUUUAUAUUAGUUUACCCCUGUUUCUUGUCUAUUGUAUUUAUUAUAUGAAUAAAUUC